GUUGUCAAGCAAUGUGAGAUUUACAGUAGGAUCAAGAUGUUUGUCAUGUUUGUAUCCCACCGGAAAGGGCGUGGCUUCGGCUCUGUGCAGGUUUAUCUUAGUCAUGAAUUUAUGCAGCUAAGGCUAUACAAUUAUUGAAAACGGCCAACCGCCUGACUACGUGAACGCGCAUCACAUAGCCACGCACUGUGUGGACGCGCUCAGACAGCAACGUGAACGAGGAACGCUGACACCCGAGCGGUCCGGUGUAAAUCACUGCAAUGGCAGAGGGAGGGUGGAGGACACCGGCUACAGCCCUACCUCCUCUCUGCAUGUGAGCACACAGCAGAGUAGACACACGGCGAGCAGGCAGGACGACAGAGCACCAUCGCAGGGGCAACAAAGGGACGCAUGGUUCAUCUCAGGCUUCAAAUGAAUUAAUGAUUCAUUGAGACAAGUUCCGCCUAUAGAUACACGUUCUGCAGCAUCUGUCCUGUCCUCACCUUAAAGGUACAUUAGCACUGCAGAGUCAUGGAGCUGGAGCACUUUGAUGAGCGGGACAAGGCUCUGAGAUAUACCCGAAGAGGCUCAAGAGGGAAUGGGCUCCCCAGUCCUACUCACAGCGCUCACUGCAGCCUGUACAGAACCAGGACACUGCAAGCACUGAUCUCUGAAAAGAAGGCCAAGAAGAUUCGUUUCUACCGCAAUGGGGACCGUUACUUCAAAGGGAUUGUGUAUGCCAUUUCUCAGGAGAGAUUUAGGUCCAUAGAAGCACUCCUGGCUGACCUCACAAGAUCCCUGUCAGAUAAUGUCAACUUGCCACAAGGGGUGCGGACCAUUUAUACAGUUGAUGGGACAACAAGGAUCACCAGCAUGGACCAGUUGGUGGAAGGAGAGAGCUAUGUUUGUGCAUCCAUAGAGCCCUACAAGAAGCUGGACUACACAAAGAAUGUAAAUCCCAACUGGGCAGUUGGUGCUAAGACUGCCGUGUCCACCCGUGACCCUCCAUCUCUUGGCAGUGCCAAGGCUGUACCCCAGGAGACCAGAGAGAGCAAAGACUUCAUCAAGCCCAAACUGGUAACCAUUGUCCGCAGUGGAGUAAAGCCUCGCAAGGCCGUACGGAUCUUGCUCAACAAGAAGACUGCACACUCCUUUGAGCAAGUCUUGACUGACAUCACUGAUGCCAUUAAGCUCGACACUGGAGUCGUCAAAAGGCUGUAUACUGUUGACGGCAAGAUGGUCACCUGCCUUCAAGACUUUUUUGGAGACGAUGAUAUAUUCUUUGCCUGUGGCCCCGAGAAGUUUCGUUAUCAGGAUGACUUCAACUUGGAUGAAAGUGAAUGCAGGGUGGCAAAGUCUGCAUCAUAUGGCCGGCUGCCCACUUUGCAGGGUCGCUCUUCUCCAAGAAGUGGUGGGAUGUCCCGUAGGAGCAAGUCUCCAUCAUCAAAUAGUUCAGCUAACGGCACUGCAGGCAGUCAGCUGUCCACACCUCGAUCUGGAAAGUCUCCAAGCCCCUCUCCAACCAGUCCAGCUAGCCUCAGAAGACGACAGGGAUCACAACACAGUGGCUCUUCACUCUCUUUAGCUUCCACCAAGGUCUGCAGCUCAAUGGACGAAGGAGACGGGCCAGGCAGUGAGGUUCUUUUGUUUUGCACCACAGCUGAGCCAAUGGAUGAGUUCCCCUCAGUUCCUGCCUCCAUAGCAGAGAGGUACAAAGUGGGGAGGACAUUAGGGGAUGGAAACUUCGCUGUGGUCAGAGAGUGUGUGGAGAGGUCCACCGGGAGGGAGUACGCUCUGAAGAUCAUAAGCAAAGACAAAUGCAGGGGAAAGGAGCACAUGAUCCAGAGUGAAGUGUCAAUCCUUCGGCGUGUGAAACAUCCCAACAUUGUUCUUUUGAUUGAGGAAAUGGACACCAAUAGUGAACUCUACCUUGUGAUGGAGUUGGUCAAGGGGGGCGAUCUUUUUGAUGCAAUCACCUCCUCCAACAAGUACACAGAGCGAGACGCCAGCUGUAUGCUGUUCAAUCUGGCAAGUGCCAUCAAGUACCUGCACAGUCUCAAUAUCGUUCACAGAGACAUAAAACCAGAAAACCUGUUGGUGUAUGAACACACUGAUGGUAGCAGAUCUCUGAAGCUAGGUGACUUUGGCUUGGCCACUGUCGUCAAUGGGCCUCUCUAUACUGUUUGUGGCACUCCCACCUAUGUAGCACCAGAGAUCGUUGCUGAGUCAGGGUACGGCCUCAAGGUUGACAUUUGGGCAGCUGGUGUCAUCACUUACAUACUGCUGUGUGGCUUUCCUCCUUUCCGUGGCACUGGUGAAGAUCAGGAGGCUCUCUUUGAGCAGAUUUUGAAGGGCGUGCUUGAUUUCCCUGCACCAUACUGGGACAGUGUGUCUGACGCUGCCAAGGCUCUGAUCACUGGGAUGCUACAGGUGGAGGUAGAUCAGAGAUACACCGCCGUGCAGGUGCUCGAUAACCCAUGGGUCAAUGAUGAUGGUGUGUCAGAGAACGAGCACCAGCUGCCUGUGGCUGGGAAGAUCAAGAAGCACUUCAACCCCGUGCCCAAGCUCAACAGCACCGCAGCAGGAGUGUCAGUCAUUACAACCACGGCACUUGAUAAAGAGAAGCAAGUUUUCCGACGAAGACGCCACCAGGAUGUGAAGCUCACUUCCCACUUCCCGCACAGUAUUGGUGCUGGUGCCUCCCACAGUGCCAACUACGCCAUCUCCCCCGCUGAGUCCGAGGAUUUUUCCCUGAGUUCGGCUGACACUGUUCGUUCACCCAUCUCUCCGUUCUAACAGCCUGGCUGAGGCCAAGGUGCCGUUGACCCCUUCUUGGAAAAGUUAGGAGAGGCCAGAGUGCAAAAUGUGUCAGUCUGCUGACUUGGACAUUCAGACUGCAAACUUACCUGUACCUAUUUUAUUUUAUCCCAGUCAUAAUACUUUUAAUUUAAAGACAAAAUACAUUGAACAGAAUAAGAGGCACAUUAGUCUCUGUAUCAAAGAAUACACCUUAAAAGCAUGCAACCGUUUUUAGUACAUUUUCCCUUUUCUUUUAUAAAAGCGACCAAACAGUUUGAGCCUUAUUUCUACACAGCAAGCACUGGUUCAUUGUAGUACUCUAGAGCCCUCUUCUGGUUUAUAUAGUAUACUGCAGGAAAGACAACCUGCCUCAUGAAGCACUUGGCUUUUUAAUGGGAAGUGUAAAGGCAAAAUAUUGAAACCAUAGCUUUUAAAUAUUACAUGGUUUUGUGAUAUGAUAUGUUCAGUACCUAUCACCUAAAAUACUGGUUUAAAUAGAAAUGCUUCAAUUACACAUCAACAGUAACCAUUCCGCUAUUGUGGAUGACAUCUAGGUGACUCUGCUGUGGCACUUAAGAAUCUGGUGCAUAGACCUUUGAGGGGCACUACUUGGUUUUGGAGAAUAAAUUCAUAUUCACAUUAUUUACAAUUUUAACGUUAUACAUUUAUUUGUUCCAUGGUUGGAUAAACAAGCUGUUCUCAGAGGAAAAUAAAAUCCCCAGAACACUGUUUGAAGCCUGAAAGAUGGCAGGGUCUGCCACAUAUAAGCAGAUUAAAACAAUAUGAAGUUGUGUUGUCCUUUAAGGUCAGUUUGUUUAUUCAGUUUAUUCAGUCAUGACAAUGAAGAGUUAAAGAGAAAUCAGUCAAUAUCUAAAAUUUCUUCCCCAAAACUACAUAGUGCAACUUUUAAGAGAUGGGUAAAAAACAGGCUGCUAUGUUGUUGUACCACAAGCAUCAUCUGUAACGAACAGAUUUAUUUGAGUGGGACACAUGUUGUUCUGCCACCUAGUAGCUUGAGGGCGCUAAUGUUUGACUCUUGAUGAUCUAGCUCACCUGUGUGCUUUAGGAUGAUUUUUGAACCAGUAGUUUUGUCACACGUCUGUGAGAGUGGUUGUAAUUCAGUGUUGGUACAGAUGAAUGUCAGUGCUGUGUAGUUGGUAGUAAGUGCAUGUUUAAAGCCUUGCCUUGGCACAUAUGGAUUUAAGUGCAAUUAGGUGUACUGCCCAGUGAGCACAGUAUUUUUAAAUUUUGUCCUACGAAAGGCUGAAACGAGUGAGAAUGGAUCUAAUGGCAAAUGACACACUUCACCAUCGGAUGGGGGCGAUUAGCUCAUGUGUAACAUGGAUUUUUCUUCACACACUGAAAUAAGAAACAAGUUAAAUGUUGGUAAACACAACAGUGCUUCCAGUAAAAUCUGUUAUUUUAAUAUUUGUUCAUUCAGUCAACACAUUUUUGGCUUUUUUAAAUAUCAAACAACAUGACUAAGAUGUUUGAAUCACCAGACUAAAUGUACUGUAUGUCCCCUGACCACAUACAUUGGUUCACCAGAGACCAAAUAUUCAUGGAUGUGAACGUCCUCUUCCCUUCAUCAGAGACUGUAACCUGCAUGUGUACUAAUAUGCAUCCUAAAUCAGUUGUUCUGGUCUUCUACUGUUUGAUAUACGCCUGUCAGAUAUGAAUCCAUUUCUCUUGUCAUUGUACGUGCUGUCUUGGUGAAUGCAGUUCAGUUAAGGCAGACUAUAGUCACACCACAGCUGAGUUAAGACUUGUAUAUACGUAUUUUAACAGAAAUGUAACAUCGCACCACUGAUUUUGUUAAAGGGCUUUUAAGUUUUUGACUAGAAGGGAGUGAACCAAAAAGCACAAGGAAAGCAAGUUGUGAUUGUGACUUUUUGGCAGUGUGUUUGCUUUCAAGACUGUCUGUUUUUCAUCAUCUGAAAAACAUGUAAUGUUCAUGUACAGUAUGACAAACUGGUACUCAAAGACAACUGAGAAUGUCAGUGUUAUGUGGAGGCAGAUGGAGAAUGUGAUUGGUGUAUUAUAUCCAUAUCCCAUUAAUGUAAGGAUGUUAUAAAACAAUCUAAAUGAGAACAACAACUAGUAAUGCACUCAUUUUCAAUUCAUGAGGAAAAGAUCUAUUGUUGUGUUUACAAAGCAAACUUCCAAUGUACUCUGCAAAGAAACCAAACCUGGAAAUAAAAAAGAAUUUAAUUAAU